AAUCCCUCAGGGCGGAGGAGGGCGGGGACCCAGAGCAUCUCGGGGACGCCCAGCCCAGAAGCUGUUGAGCUGUUUCUGCUGGUGGAGGAGCUGGCUCUUCCUCCCGGUGAAUACUAAUAAAGAAUCUGAAAAAGUUGGAGAAGAUAAAGUAUAUUCAGUCGCUAAUCCAGAAGUCAACAAGGAAAUGCACAAUUUUGAGGACGAGUUAACAUGCCCCAUUUGUUACAGUAUAUUUGAAGAUCCUCGUGUACUACCAUGCUCUCAUACAUUUUGUAGAAAUUGCUUGGAAAACAUUCUUCAAGCAUCUGGAAACUUUUAUAUAUGGAGACCUUUACGAAUUCCACUCAAGUGCCCCAACUGCAGAAGUAUUAUUGAAAUUGCUCCACCUGGUAUUGAAUCUUUACCUGUUAAUUUUGCAUUAAGGGCUAUUAUUGAAAAGUACCAGCAAGAAGACCAUCCAGAUAUCGUUACCUGUCCUGAACAUUACAGACAACCAUUAAAUGUUUACUGUCUCCUAGAUAAAAAAUUAGUUUGUGGUCAUUGCCUUACCAUAGGGCAACAUCAUGGUCAUCCCAUAGAUGAUCUUCAAAGUGCCUACCUGAAGGAAAAGGAUGCGCCUCAAAAACUGCUCGAGCAGUUAACUGACACCCACUGGACAGAUCUUACGCGUCUUAUCGAAAAGCUGGAAGAACAGAAAUCUCAUUCAGAGAAGAUGGUCCAAAGUGAUAAGGAAGUUGUUCUCCAGUAUUUUAAGGAGCUUAGUGAUGCAUUAGAACAGAAAAAAAAAUCUUUCCUCGCUGCUCUUGGUAGUGUUAACAAUCUGAUUAAUCAAGAAUACACUCCGCAAAUUGAAAGGAUGAAGGAUAUGAGAGAGCAGCAGCUUGAAUUAAUGACAUUAACAACAUCUUUACAGGAAGAGUCUCCACUGAAAUUUCUUGAAGAAGUUGAUGAUAUCCGCCAACAUGUACAGAUUUUGAAGCAAAGACCACUUCCUGAGGUUCACCCUGUUGAAAUUUCUCCUCGAGUAAGCCAAAUAUUAGAAGACUGGAGCAGAACAGAAAUUGGACAAAUUAAGAAACUGCUUAUUCCUGAAAUGAAAAUUUCUUCAAAGAGGAUGCCAUGUUCCUGGCCUGAUAAGGAUGAAAAAGAAGUCGAAUUUUUUAAGAUUUUAAACAUUGCUAUAGUUACAUUAAUUUCCGUGAUACUGAUGUUGAUCCUCUUCUUUAACCAACACAUAAUAACCUUUUUAAAUGAAAUCACUUCAAUAUGUUUUUCUGAAGUCUCUCUCUCUGUUUACCAAAGUUUAUCUAGCAAUUUGCAUGAUUUAAAGAAUAAGCUAUGUCACACUUUAGAUUUACUGAAGGAAUUCAUGUGGAAAAUAGUUUCUCGCUGAGAACUGAAAUCUGAAUUGUAUAAACAGGCUUAUUCUGUAGAGCAGAGACUAACCAUUGCUAAAGGGAGAAAUAGGAUAGCACUGGUAAACAGGGAAAUAUCAAGUUGCAACAAAUACAUAGAAACGUUAAACUGUUCAUGCUUCUUAGAUGGAAAAGUGUGAAAAGUGUCAGAGUUAGAAAUGAUACAGAAUGUGUCUAAACUAGAAUAGUAUCUAGUAACUACUAUAACAUUAUCCCAUCUUAUUUGCUUGAGGCUGACUUUAUCGCUGUGACAUUGAAACAUUGCUGUACCAAUACUGUCUUUUAGCAUUAUAUGCUACAGUGGUUGGUGUUGCAGUUAUUUACGUCUACAUCACUUUUAGAUUAAAAGAUGGCAAAAUCCUUAAA